CCUACGACAUCACGUUGCCUUACGUAAAGCAAGCGCUCCGGUUUCCUGGCGGAGAAGAUGGCGGCUCCUGGACCGGGGGAGUAUUUCAGCGUCGGGAGCCAUGUCUCUUGCCUCACCUGUUUGGGCCAACAGCUACAGGGAGAAGUGGUCGCGUUUGACUACCAGUCCAAGAUGUUAACCUUGAAAUGUGCUUCCUCCAGCGGUAAGCCGAACCUCAACGACGUUAUCCUGAUCAACUUAGCCUAUGUAUCUAAGGUGGACAUAAUACAUGACCGUACUGAGACUCCACCUCCUCUAGCAUCACUGAAUGUUGGCAAGCUUGCCAAUCGAGCACGGACAGAAAAGGAAGACAAGUUGUCCCAAGCCUAUGCAAUCAGUGCUGGGGUUUCUGUGGAGGGCCAGCAGCUAUUCCAGACUAUUCACAAAACCAUCAAAGAGUGUAAAUGGCAGGAGAAGAACAUUAUUGUGAUGGACGACGUUGUAAUCUCGCCGCCUUAUCAGGUUGAGAACUGCAGAGGCAAAGAGGGAAGCGCUUUAAGUCACGUACGCAAAAUAGUUGAGAAACAUUUUAGAGACGUGGAAAGUCAGAAGUCCAUGCAACGUUCACAAGCACAGCAAACACAGAAGGACUCCACUUUAUCUUCUUGAGUUGGCAGUGCGGAUCGGCCGGGGGAAGGCGACGCGGGUGAUUCUGUUCCCACUGCCAGACAAAGUCGGCAUUCCUUGUCCUCAGUCCGAGACCACAAGGAGGAGCGCUGAGGGCCCUGGAUCCUGAAGAUCAAAAUACCAUUAAAUGAAAAAGACAAAAAAAGAGAGAGAAGAAAGAUUAAAUCUUAAAUUAGACUUUAUAAAGAAUAAUUUAAACAUGAUCCAUAAAGCAAACCAUAGUUUCCUUAACUAACUUGUCUCAUCCCGCCCCACCUCCCUCCUCCAUUCCUUCUCCCUCUUCUCGUCCCCUAAAACCUUUUUUUUUUCUUUUUCUGCCCUCCUCCUUUUGCCUUCAGUUCCAUUUCAAAGAAAAAACUAGAGCAGUCAGAAAGGCUUGUUAGCUUUAUUUUCUGUCAUUGUUUCCUUUUUUUUCUGUAUCCAUGUUCUACUGUCUGUAUUUUCUGUAUUUUAAAACAAAAUGUGACUUGAAAUGCCACACUUUAAAGGACAUUUUCUAAAAUAAAAGUAACAAAAAUUCUGACUGUAA